AUGGACACAGUCGGGGUAACUGGGCUAGACGACGGUCCGCAACUCAGACAAGCUCAUGAGAACUAUGUUCAUCCAGGAUAUGUUGAGCUCAACCCAGCAUAUGAGCAGCCUGCGAGCAGCAAGCCUGUGUGGAGUUUGGCCAAACCUCUCCCGCGUGUUAUCAGACCCGGAAUGGUGCCAACCAGGGAGGAGCUGAAGCAAGUACAGCAAGGUCCAAUACUCCCCAGGCAAAACACCAUGAAGAUUGGCGUCGAUGUCAACCCACUGGACCUUGAGGAAGGUAGGAUUGAACCUACACCCAACCCGGCCAAGCUAUCGGCGCAGCUGAAGGAUUCAAGGGCGCAAAGGGAGAACAACUUCAUCACCAACAUCCAACGCCGUGGCACCACGCUCUCGACCCGGCCUACGCGAGCGUCUUCGACGGCUUCUCAGACGGCCGGGAGGAGGCCGAGGGGAUCAAGCUGGGCCUCGCAAAGGCCCAUGACGCCCGCCCAGGAAACCGACGAACCAGUCCAAGAAGAUGGAGAUGAUGCGAAGAAGAAGUCUAGCGACCAGCUUGAGGUCCCGCAGGCGGACGAACAGACAUCACGGCUGUCAUUACAGCGCACACCGGAAGACCGUCUUGAUACAAUUCCAGAGAGCCAUGAGGCCACGCCACGACGAUCUUACGAGUCGAACGAUUCAAACCGCACCUUUCGCCCCGAAGACGAUCCUGAAUUCUUCCCCGAAAACGAUCUCAAACAAAUCCUCGAAGGGGAGAAUCCUCCUCUCUACGACGAAGUCCACAACAAUCAUACAUCAUGGUCUAUCGUCCGAACCCACAACCGCGAAUUCCUCGCCGAGCUCCUUGCCGUCUUUAUUCAGCUCACCUUGGGUUUCUGCUCAGACACGUCCGCAACGCUGACCAGCACAGCCAACGCCAACACAACUGCCUGGGCAUGGGGCUUCGCGACAAUGAUAGGCAUCUACAUCUCCGGUGGCAUCUCAGGUGCCCACCUCAACCCAGCCAUCACCAUAAUGCUCUGGUUCUACAGAGGUUUCCCCAAACGCAAAAUGCUCCCCUACUUCGCCGCCCAAUUCCUCGGCGCCUUCAUCGCCGCCCUCACCGCCUACGGCCUCUACCUCGCCUCCAUCCAAACCUUCAACGCCACCGGCGACUCCACCAAGAUCCUCAACGGCUUCGUCACCAGCCAGCGAUACACCUACAUCGACGCGGCAACCGCCUUCUUCAACGAAUUCAUGGGCACCGCCAUCCUCGCCGCCACCGUCCUCGCCCUGGGCGACGACCAAAACGCCCCUCCCGGCGCAGGCAUGAACUCCCUGAUCAUCGGCCUCGUCAUCACCGCCCUCAACUUCGGCUUCGCAUUCCAAACCGGCGCCGCCAUGAACCCCUCCCGAGACUUCGGCCCGCGACUCGCCAUGCUCGCCCUCGGCUACGGCCGCGACCUCUUCACGAACCCGUACUGGUUCUACGGGCCCUUCGCCGGCACGAUUUCCGGCGCGAUGGUCGGUGCCGCGUUGUAUGAUAUUUGCAUCUUCACGGGCGGUGAGAGUCCGAUUAAUUAUCCUUGGACAAGGACGAAGAGGAGCUAUAAGAAGGGAAAGGCGAAGUGGGCGAGGAGGUUGCAUUUGGCAAAGCCGAAGAAGGAUGAGGAGUUUUCGGGGGGGCCGUAUGGGUUGGAGCCGGUUUCGUGA